AUGUCCGUGAACGCCACCGGGCUCAGUGCGCGCAUUUCUGCUCCAACUUCAAAGCGGUCCCGUCCGAUUACUGAAAAGCAGACGGCUUUCACGAUGGAUGCUACUAUUUAUGAGAUCAUAUUGGGAGAGCUUGCAGAGAUGAACUGUAGUUUGAUAGAGCAUUUUCAAGACACUUUUUAUCAAAACGCUUCAUUUUCUUUGCUGAGCGCUGAUGGUUUAUAUUGCAAUGCCACUACGGAUGAGAUUGGAACCUGCUGGCCGCGGAGUGGCACUGGCAGGAUUGUGGAGAGACCGUGCCCUGCCUAUAUCAACGGAGUAAAGUACAACACAACGAGAAGUGCUUACAGAGAAUGUAUGGAUAAUGGGACAUGGGCAUUGAAAAUCAAUUACUCCAACUGUGAGCCUAUUUUGGAGGAGAAGAGAAAAUAUCCCAUGCAUUACAAGAUAGCACUGAUCAUCAACUACCUAGGCCACUGUAUCUCUGUGGGAGCUCUAAUUGUGGCCUUUGUUCUCUUCUUAUGCUUAAGGAGCAUACGGUGUCUUCGAAACAUCAUCCACUGGAAUUUGAUCACCACCUUCAUACUGAGGAACGUUAUGUGGUUCUUGCUUCAGCUGAUUGACCACAAUAUCCAUGAGAGUAAUGAGCCUUGGUGUCGAUUAAUUACAACAAUAUACAACUACUUUGUUGUGACCAACUUCUUCUGGAUGUUUGUUGAAGGAUGCUAUCUUCACACUGCCAUUGUGAUGACUUAUUCUACUGAUAAGCUAAGAAAGUGGGUCUUUCUUUUUAUUGGUUGGUGCAUUCCAUGUCCUAUAAUUGUUGCUUGGGCUGUUGGUAAAUUGUAUCAUGAAAAUGAAAAAUGCUGGUUUGGUAAAGAACCUGGAAAAUAUAUGGACUACAUUUAUCAGGGACCAGUUAUUCUUGUGCUUCUGAUAAACUUUGUUUUCCUCUUCAACAUAGUACGAAUUCUCAUGACCAAACUCAGAGCUUCAACCACAUCUGAAACAAUUCAGUACAGAAAAGCUGUGAAAGCCACACUCGUCUUGUUACCUCUGCUAGGUAUCACCUACAUGCUUUUCUUUGUCAAUCCGGGGGAGGACGACAUCUCGCAAAUUGUUUUCAUCUAUUUUAACUCCUUUUUACAGUCUUUCCAGGGGUUCUUUGUGUCAGUGUUUUACUGCUUUCUAAAUGGAGAGGUCCGUUCUGCUGUGAGAAAACGCUGGCACCGCUGGCAGGAUAACCAUGCUCUUCGAGUGCGAGUGGCGCGAGCCAUGUCCAUUCCCACAUCACCGACCAGGAUUAGCUUUCACAGCAUAAAGCAGACCACAGCUGUGUGAACUUGGGAACAAACACUUUAUUCCUUCUGACAUGUUCAUCCACAGAACAGCCUUCAUCCUUUUUGGUCCAGUACUAUAAAUUAGACUGAGUAUUGUAAACUGUUUGGUGUGGUGUGUCUAAGUCAACAAGACACUACUGUUUACUGUUGAGGUUUCAAAUGCACAUAAAUCGGAAGAUGUGGUGUUUUAUGGAAAUGUAAACUGUUAAGGGUACAGGUUUUACAUUUCCUCAAGAGUAUUUUGCAACAGAAACAAGUCAACACAGCAGGUCUUACUUUGUUCUUAUCACUGUCAAAUUGCUGCUUGGUGGGUAUUUAGGUAAAGACAAAAAUUAAACAGGAUCUGCAGCUCAUACACUCGCGGGCAGGCCGCUGUCAUUAUGCUGAAACAGGGCAAAUGAAUUUUAUUUGACCACACUGCAUCCAUUUGUCUGCCAAAACAGUCAUUUACGAUAAGUAUGAUCAGAGGCAAAGAAAAUCAACAGUUUUUAAAGACUGAAAACAGUUAUUUGGGAUAGGAGUGGUAUUUUAUAUAACAGGAGAACCUUUCAUCUUGUUCUUUGCUGUUUUACAUAUUGUCUGGAUAUUUUUUUCACAAGGUUUUACUUUCCCCUAUCCUCUGGCUAUUUGUUCCUAGCAGUGUUUUUUUUCUGCUUUGUGCAAAAACAAACAAGAGGGUGCUGACAGAAAGAAGAGUCUAAUUCAGGGCAUGUUUGAUGCCACUGUUUCUUUAGUCCAGACAAACAAAUCUAAGAUUAUAUUCAUUAUUUUAAGAAGUGAAAGUGAUUCUUAGCCAUUUAUGCAAUAUUUGCAUAAAGUCCACAAAGUGAUGUGCACGGAUUUAUCAUGCAUGUGCAGUGAAGGCAGAUUAAAUUCUUUUUGGCUUUAUAAAAUCCUUGUGGCUUUCUCAUAAUCGGUGUCACAACUAAGCUUCUGCUGCUAAAGAAGGGAAGCCUGAUGGAGUGGGAACCAGUCACUUCCCUAAAGAGGCACUCUGGUCAGGUCAGCAUAUUCUCUCAAUGUAAUACCAGCUUUUAUGUCUCACAAGGCUUAUCCCACAAAGCAAUGGAAACAGCCAUGUGUCUGCUUUGGUAUCUGCCAAAAAACUGUGUCUUUUGCUAAAGGAAUUAUGAGGAUGAGAAUUAUUGUUCUUUUGGAAAGGAUUACAAAAAAAAAAAAAAUUAGAAGCAUGUAUUAUGUUGAUGAAGUAAUAUGCUGCUAAUGUUUAAAUGUGUAUCUUCAGAUCAUCUACCUAAUUUUAUAGGAUUAUUCAAAAUGUAGAAGACAAUUUUGUUAUAGAAAAAAGAUGUAUUCAAUUUUAAGUUUCUGUCAUCACUCCAAGUGAACCCUUCCUAUUUAUUUGUUUUUAUCUGUUUUUAAUGUUGUACAAUGUGUCUGUUAAAUGAACAAAUUUACACAGGUGCAUCUAAGUAAAUUAGAAUAUUAGAUGAAGCUAAGUUAUUUAAGUAUUUUACUGUUCAUAUUUUAUAGAUUCAACACACACACUGGUAUAUAUUUCAAGCAUUUAUUUUUGUCGAUUUCAAAUAUUAUUGCUUACAGCUAACGAGAACCCAAAAUUCAGGCUUUUAAAAAACUUGAAUAUCACUGAAGGCUAAAAAAAAGAUUUUUAAUGUAGAAAUGUUGGCUUACUAAAACAUUUGUCCAGUGCAAUACAUGAACUCAAUACUUCCCUUUUGCAUGGAUUAGUACAUCAGUGCAGCGUGACAUAGCGGCAAUCAGCUCUGCUGAGGCUUUAAAGAGAGGACAGCUUCCCUUCAUGGCGGCCUUUAUCUCACUGUAUUGUUGGAUCUGGUGUCUCUCAUCAUCUUCUACACAAUGCUCCAUGGGAUCUUAGUGGGAUUUAGGUCAAGACAGUUUGCAGGCCGAUCAGGAACAGUGUCCUGGUUAUGUAACCAGGUCUUGGGGUACUUUUAGCAGCGUGGGCAGGUUCUACUUCCAUAAUAUUCUAAGUUAUUGUGAUUCAGCUGUAGGUAGAUAGUUAUAUAUAUAUAUAUAUAUAUAUAUAUAUAUAUAUAUAUAUAUAUAUAUAUAUAAUGUGUGUAGGGGUUGGUAAAAAAGUUGACCAAACCCCUUUUUAAAAACUGUCAAAUAUCAUCAAAUAUCAUCUGUUUAUGUGAUAUGUGCUUUUCAGUCGUCUUUUGUAAACUUAUGAUAAAUUACAGCAAAUAUGUUAUCAAUGUUCUGCUCUGCUGCACUGAUGUGGGCUGCUGUACAAACUAUCCCCCCAGACUGAUUUUGUUAUAAAUAUGAUAUCUGCUUCACUGCAGAGUCACAUGUGAAGUUGUACUAUAGCACAUCUUUCUAGGAUCUCAACAUGUUACAUAAACUACUACAUGACCCUACAGUUGUAAAAAUAUGCUCAUAAAGAAUUUUAUAAAAUCUGAAACUCACCAAAAAGACAAGCCUUGUUUAUUAACUUACUGUUUUUAUUGUCUACAUAUUUAUAUUGUUGUCAGUGGUCUUAAUCAGUAAAAUCUGUUUUGGACAUUAUUUUUUACAUCAAUAUCUGUACAUGAAGUAAAUUCAAAGAAAUCUGAUGUCAGAUCUGCAGAUUUUAAUGAAGCCACCCAUAUUGCCUUACAAACAACAAGAAAUGCAUUUUUGUAAAAAGAAAACUGUUGUCUCUGUGGGUUAAAAUAAAAUAUUCUGUGUUA